AUGCAGGCUCCGGUGAUUGUUAUGAACACUAAUAUAGAUAGGGAGACUGGUCGGAAAGCUCAAGUCUCAAACGUUACAGCCGCUAAGACUGUGGCUGAUAUCAUUCGCACUUGUCUUGGACCUCGUUCAAUGCUUAAGAUGCUUCUCGAUCCGAUGGGUGGGGUUGUCUUGACCAAUGAUGGAAAUGCUAUCCUUCGUGAAGUUGAAGUAGUACAUCCUGCAGCUAAGAGCAUGAUCGAGUUGAGUAGAACUCAGGACGAAGAAGUUGGUGAUGGUACCACUAGCGUUAUUAUAUUGGCUGGAGAAUUUGUGGCACAAGCAUUACCUUAUUUGGAAAGAAAUGUACAUCCAAUUGUAAUUAUAUCCGCAUUCAAAAAAGCUCUAGAGGACGCGAUAAAGGUUAUUGAUGAUAUUUCUAAACCAAUCAAUGUGGAGGAUGAAGCGGAAAUGUUAAAUUUAGUAAAAAGUUCGAUUGGUACAAAAUUCAUGAAUCGAUGGAGUGAUUUGAUGUGUAAAUUAGCAUUAACUGCUGUGAAAACUGUUGUCAAAGAGGAGGAUGGAAAACGGGAAGUUGAUAUUAAAAGAUAUGCUCGCGUAGAAAAGUUUAGUUUAUUUCGCAGGAUGAAUAAUUUUGCUUUCUUCUUCGAAAGUGGAAAUAAUUCUAGAGUUUUAGACGGUGUUAUGCUAAAUAAAGAUGUCACUCAUUCUAGUAUGCGUCGUAAAAUCGAAAAGCCUCGAAUUGUUUUAUUAGAUUGUCCGCUUGAAUAUAAAAAGGGAGAAUCUCAAACGGCGGCAGAAAUUAUGGAUGAAAAUCAUUGGAAUAGGCUUUUGCAGAUUGAAGAAGAACAAAUUAAAGAAAUGUGCGAUAGGAUCAUAUCUGUUAAACCAGAUCUCGUAUUUACGGAGAAGGGCGUUUCUGAUCUCGCGCAGCAUUAUUUAUUGAAAGCCAAUAUCACUGCUAUUCGACGUGUACGUAAGACUGACAAUAAUCGUAUUUCUCGUGCAGUUGGAGCAAGUAUUGUAAACCGACUUGAAGAUUUAAAAGAAGAGGAUGUCGGUACCAAAUGUGGUUUAUUUUCUAUUGAAAAAAUUGGUGAUGAGUAUUUUACUUUCAUCACUAAAUGUGAAAACCCUAAAGCAUGUACAAUUUUGCUAAGAGGUCCAUCAAAAGAUAUCUUAAAUGAGAUAGAACGCAAUCUUCAAGAUGCGAUGUGUGUAGCAAGGAAUGUUUUCUUUAAUUCUUUAUUAGCUCCUGGUGGUGGAGCGACUGAGAUGGCUAUAAGUGUUAAAUUAUCCGAAAAUUCAAAAACAUUGGAAGGUAUAGAACAAUGGCCUUAUAAAUCUAUCGCAGAAUCAUUAGAAGUUAUUCCUAGAACUUUAAUUCAGAAUUGUGGUGGUAAUUCUAUUAAAGUAUUAACGCAAUUAAGGGCCAAACAUGCUACUGGAAAUCAUUCAUGGGGAAUUGAUGGUUUGACUGGUAAUAUUGUUGAUAUGAAUGAAUAUGGUGUUUGGGAACCACAUGCUGUGAAAGUUCAAACACUUAAGACAGCUAUUGAGGCUGCAUGCUUGCUUCUUCGUGUUGAUGAUAUUGUAUCUGGUGUUUCAAAGAAGAAAUCUGAUGGUGGCGGUGGUGUACAACCAGCUCCACAAGAAAUGGAAGGUGAAGGUGAACUUGGUGAACGAUAA